AUGGCCGACCAGUCCUCGACCUUCACAUGGCUCUCUGUUCAUUCCAUCGACAGCUGCACGCAAGAGACCAUCGGGUGGAACUACACCGGGCCCGACCGCGUCAUCGACAUCCACCUCUCCGCCGCCAACGCCUCCGCUGACGCGCCCACUGACCAAGGCACCACCAUCGCGACCGGAGUCGACGCCCUCCAAGGCCGCUGGACAUGGGCCUCGGCGAACGUCUCCGAGGGCCGCUACUUUUUCUUCAUCGACGAGGACUUCUACACCCGCUCCCCCUUCUUCAACGUUGCCGCCGGUAUCCUCUCCUCCUGCAUCCUCACCUCCGCCCCCGCGUCCAGCACCAUCGCCCCCGUGAGCGCCUCGAAGCCCUCCAGCAUCCUCCUCCCCGACGUGAGCGCCGCGGACCCCUCCAACAUGCCCCUCCCCGACGUGAGCGUGUCCAGCCCGUCCAGCGAGCCGCGUCCCGUCACAGGCUCUGCCGCCUCCUCCUCCUCCUCCCGGCGCAUCGGGGCCAUCGCGGGAGGCGCCGUCUCCGCGGGGCUCGUAUUCGCGCUGUGCCUCCUCCUCCUCGUCCGCGUCGCGAACCGCCGCCGCCGCCGCGCGGAGCUGCGCGCGUGGCGCGUGCUCGACGACGGCAAGCAGCGCGCGCGCGGCCACGCGAAGCGCUCCUCGAUCGCGAAGCCGCCGCUCCCGGCGUGGGACGCCUCCGCGCCCCGCAUGGCGCAGAUGCCCGCGGAGCCCCCGAGCGCGUACGGCUGGGCGCCGACCGGUGUGCGCUCACCGUUCGCGGACGCGCCGCCCUCGCCGGUGGACGGUGGGGCGUCGCGCGUGUGA